UACCCCCUCUCCCCCUCGUCCAUCUGCUGGCGGAGAGCAGUGCUCGCGGGGCGACAAUUCUUGCGUGGAGCCCAGCAGCAGGUUGGCCAUGCAGCCCCGGGACUGAUCGGGAGGGACACACGGCAGCGAGAGAACGGAAUUAAACCUUUCGUGAUGCUUUUGUCGUGACGAGACAAUCACAGGCGUUAUUUGGGGGGCUUGUUCCGUGGUGACGUCUUGCCCUUUUUGGAGGAAGGACCGGUGCGGUAAAUGUCAUUGAAUUGGAAUGACAAGAAGGUUAUUCUGCUCCAUAAUCGUCCUAUUCGAGACAUCACUCGGCUCCCCCUCCCCCCGGCGCGCUCCCUUGACCCUGAGACCUAUUCCAGUCCGAAUCUGGUGGAUGACUGUUAGUCACGGUCUUCAAAAGUCACCUGCCCCUCUUCCUGUCCUCCCAUAGCAUGGCUAGAUGGAGGUUGGGGUGCUUUGGUCCAGGCCAGAUCUUUGCUGUGGCGAUUGCGGUCUCAACGAGUCUAUCCCUUGUCCAAAGUACUGACUGCCCCCAGCUGUGUGUGUGCGAGACCCGACCCUGGUUCACACCGCAGUCGACAUACAGAUACGCUACCACUGUGGACUGCAAUGACCUGCACCUGACACGCAUCCCCGGGAACCUCUCGAGUGAUACUCAGGUUCUCUUGCUGCAAAGCAACUACAUUGCCAGGACCAGCGAGGAGCUGGAGCAGCUGUUCAACCUGACGGAGCUGGACCUAUCCCAAAACAACUUCAGUAACAUUCGGGACGUCGGCCUCACCAAUAUGUCACAGCUCACCACGCUUCAUUUGGAAGAGAACCAGAUCGCAGAAAUGCCCGAUGACUGUCUGCGGGACCUCAGCAAUCUGCAGGAGCUCUACAUUAACCACAAUCAGAUCAGUGCGAUUUCGGCCCAAGCUUUCUCUGGACUCCACAGUUUGCUCAGGCUUCACCUUAACUCCAAUAAGCUGAAGACCAUCAGCAGCCAGUGGUUUGAAUCGACGCCCAAUCUGGAGAUCCUUAUGAUUGGGGAAAAUCCUGUUGGUGGGAUUACGGAUUUUAACUUCAAACCGCUGGCAAACCUGAGAAGCCUGGUCUUGGCAGGCAUGGAUUUGACGGAUGUCCCCGGGAAUGCCUUUGUGGGCCUCGACAACCUCGAAAGUCUCUCUUUCUAUGACAACGAGUUGCUGAGAGUUCCUCAAAAAGCCCUUCAAAAACUACCGAACCUCAAGUUCUUGGAUCUAAACAAAAAUCCAGUGCACAAGAUUGAGGAGGGAGAUUUCAAGAACAUGCUGAGGCUGAAGGAGCUGGGUAUAAACAACAUGGACGAGAUGGUUUCGAUUGACCGCUACGCUCUGGAUAAUCUUCCCGAGCUCACUAAGCUGGAGGCGACAAACAAUCACAAGUUGUCUUACGUCAACAGUCGGGCCUUCCGUGACGUGCCAGCCUUGGAGAGUUUAAUGCUGAACAACAACGCCCUGAGCGCCCUCGAUCAGAGGACCGUGGAUUCUCUUCCCAACCUGCGUGAAAUCAGCAUCCACAGCAACCCCUUCCGUUGCGACUGCCUUAUCCAGUGGAUGGCCGCCAACGAGACCACCGUUCGCUUCAUGGAACCUCUGUCCAUGUUUUGCGCCACGCCGACAGAGGUCAGGGGUAUGCGUGUGCAGGAAGUUCUGCGGCAGAAGCCAGAAAACCGCUGCUUGCCCACCAUUAGCCACGACGCCUUCCCCAGUCAGCUCAACGUAGACGUUGGCGCGAGCAUCGACUUGGACUGCAGAGCCGUGUCCCAGCCCGGGCCGGAAAUCUAUUGGGUGACGCCGACGGGGACCAAGGUCAUGGUCGACAGCCAGUCUGAGAAGUACGCACUCGGCAGUGAAGGUACCUUGAGGAUUUCCCACAUUCAGGUCGAAGAUUCUGGCCGGUACACGUGCGUGGCGCAGAACUCCCAAGGAGUUGACACAAGAGUGACGGCCGUACGGGUGAACGGCACGCUGCUGGAUGGCGCGCAGCUGAUUAAAAUGGACGUCAAGCAGACAGAUUCCCACUCGAUUCUGGUCUCCUGGAAGGUAAACGCCAACGUAAUGACCUCCGACCUCAAGUGGUCAUCGGCCACCGUGAAAAUAGACAACCCGGACAUUACCUACACCGUCAAGGUUCCCGUGGACGUUCACGAGUACAACCUGACAUAUUUACUCCCCGCAACAGAGUACGAGGUUUGCCUCACCGUCUCCAACGUCCACCAACAAACGCAGCGGUCGUGCGUGAACGUCACGACAAAACGGGCGACCUUCGCCGUGGAAGUGUCCGAACAAGCGACCAACGUGGCUCUGGCGGCAGUUAUGGGCACCGUGUUUGCCGUGGUCGGCCUGGCCUCCCUUGGCGCAUACGUCGCGAAGCGCUGGAAGCGGAAAAACUAUCACCAUUCGCUGAAAAAGUACAUGCAGAAAACCUCGUCCAUCCCCUUGAAUGAGCUCUACCCGCCUCUGAUCAACCUGUGGGAGGCGGAUAGUGAAAAAGAGAAGGAAGGUUCCUCCGAGAGCAAACCUAGCCAGGUAGACACAACACGAAGCUACUACAUGUGGUGAGAGUGAGCGAGGAACGAGCCUUAGAGAAGCGUAUAACGUAUAUGUGCACGUAAGAAGGAAACGAGUGUAUCUUUCUUUGUCUUGGUGAAUAAAGGAGACACUUUGUUUGAUUUGUAGUACACGUUUUGAGAACACGGCAUGAGUAAUUGUCACAGAAUCCGUCGAUGUGCUCAAUCCACACCUUUCAACUUGUUUCUCGAGCGGGAGUGGAAAGACGCCGUCAUGUUAAUCCGCUUCGCUCUUGAUUGUUGUGCACCGAAAUGUAUCGAUGAACUCCAAUGUAAGCUGACCAAGUACAUUUCGACUUGAUCUGCUGUCGAUUGGCUCACGUUAGCUCUUUCGAUGUGAUGAUGUAUCAACGAUUUCAUGGACUUUUUCUACAAGCGAUCAUCGCCUUUGAUUUCGACUUUGUUUUGCGGCGCGACUCCCGUAAAACCAGCAAUAGAAACGUGAAUGUUAUGAACUAGGUGAAGCAGCGUAAGGCUUUCUACAUUUCUUGAAUACUUUUUAUCUUGCUAGAAGAUGUCUACGAUCACUUGUUUAUUGUUGUUUACACGCGACAUGUUGACUGAAAAACAAACGAAAUAAAAUUUUCCUUCAUCUUAUUUUUCCAACCGUGA